CAUGGUUCUUGGGUUGGAUUUGUCUGCGCAUGCGCGGAGCUGUUUGAAUGUUGGCAGCAGUGAAAAGGAGCUUUGUUCUGUUGGGUGAUGAUGUGUGAUGUUAAAAAGCUGAAGAUCUGCAGCAUGGCACAGCUGAGUGAGAACACACCGACUCGCAGAGGCGUCGUGAUCCCAGAUGAUUGGCCAGGGUACUGUCUGGAUCUUUUCACCUAUCCGGAGCAUUACAGCGGGGAUCUGGACUGUGUCUACAUUCCACACGGAGUCAUCAUGGACCGGACGGAGCGACUGGCGCGCGACAUCAUGGACGAUCUGGGUGACCACGACAUCGUGGUGCUGUGUGUGCUGAAGGGAGGUCACCAGUUCUGCGCCGAUCUGGUGGAGCGCAUCCAGGUGCUGAACCGCAACUCCAGCAAGUCUUUACUCAUGACCGUCGACUUCAUACGACUCAAGAGCUACCUGAAUGAUCACUCGACGCCGGACCUCCAGAUGAUCGGCGCCGAGAGUCUGUCUGUACUCGCCGGGAAGAACGUCCUGAUUGUGGAGGCUAUAGUGGACACUGGCAAGACUCUGCAGACACUCCUGACUCACGUCCGAGCCUUUAAACCCAAACUGAUCAAAGUGGCAGGUUUGUUGGUGAAGAGGGUCCCUAAUCAGGCCGUCUGUCUCCCUGACUAUGUUGGGUUUGAGAUCCCUAACCACUUCGUAGUUGGCUACGCUUUAGACUAUAAUGAAUAUUUCAGAGAUCUUAAUCACAUCUGUGUGAUGAGUGAAGAUGGGAAACGGAAGUACAGACUCUGAUGCCUCUCGUCCUGUGUCUCAGACCUGUGUGUGUGUGUAUGUGUGUGUAUGUGUGUGAUACCGUCCUCAUUAACUAUUUUUACUAAAAUCAUCCACUACAAUAAUUGUGCAUUAUGAUAUUAAUUUUAUUUCAUUUAAAAUCAUAGCAUAAUGUUUUAUACUGAUGAGCUGAUGAUUACCGUAUUGUCUGGAGUAUUAGACUCCUCCCACUUUUCCCUCAGGCUAUCUGUAGUGUGAAUUCUCAGUAUUUCUCUGUAAUAACUGUAGUAGCAGGAAUAUCGUAACAACAAACAAAUAAUUACAAUGAACUGCUGCUGGAGAUGGAAAAAAAAAAAUGAUCUUAUAAUCCAGAAAAUAUGGUACACAUUAUUCACACUGUUUACAUGUUAACCUAUAUCAUACAUUUUACAUGCAGCUGAAUAUGUCAUAUGUGUAGUGUGUAGAUUUCUAGUUAAUCUUGUUAUGUUUGAGCAUUAUCAUUAAUUUUUGCGAUUCUUAUUUGUCCACAUUUUCAUAUACUGUGAUAAAAAAAUGACAUAAAUCAAGAUAAUAUCUUGGCAAAAAUUAAAUUUUAUCCCAUUUUUUUUCCUUUUUACUAUAUGCAGAAUUUAUUCUAUAAAUACAUGCCCAAAUCCCAUUCAAUACCAUAUUUAACAGAAAUUCUACUUAAGUUAUUUUUUAUAUACUACGUGUUUAUUUUUUGCAGAAAGAAUUUUAUGUGAGAAAGACUUUCAUUACCUGCGAGCUACAUUAAAUGUCAAUUUUUACUGCCAUAUUCCUUUAAUAUUAAGAAAAUAAAAUAUGCUGUAGCUAUUUUUAUAGCAUUGCGUUAAACACGGUUAUAAUGUAUAACGUUGUUUUUAAUAAUAAAAUGUGCAGAAACAAAAAAGUAAAACAA